AUGAAAUAUUUUACUUCAUUACAUUCAAUUACAUUUAUUGCUUCAACCAAUUUAAUAAAAAUUAAACAAUGUCUUGAAAAACUUCCUUCAUCUGAUCUAUUACAACAUUUAUCAAUAAAUCUAAAUAAUAUAUUGCAAGAUGCUUUAGGUUUUGACGUAGUAAAUCAACCAUUAUUAUCAAUUAAACAUUUUAAAAUUGAUUGCCCUUAUUUUAAUGAUUUUUUAAAAUUGGCUCUACUUUUUCCGAAUUUAGUUAGUUUACAUCUCUCACCAGAAAAUUAUCACAAUUAUUCUCAUAUUCUUAUUAUUGUACCAGCUAAUUGUUUAUCAAAUUUAAAAUUUCUUCGUAUGAAUAAUGUUCCAACAUUUGAUACAAUUGAAUUUAUAUUUCAAUUAUGCCCACAAUUGCAAAUAUUGAAAGUAACUUGUCAUACAAAAUAUAAUAUUCGUUUGAUGAUUAAAGCACAAGACUCGGAACAACAUUUAAGUCUUAUGAAAUCGUUGAAAAAAAUAGAAAUUAAUGUACGUGGUCUACACCAUGGAGGAGUAAUUGAUGUAUCAAAAUAUGAAACAAAGUUUUGGAAAGAACGAAAUUUAACAGCUAUUAAAUAUAUUGAUCAUAAACCUUUCAAUCGAUUUUUUGUUUCAGAUAAUCAAGCUGCUCUUUUAAUUAAAUAA